GUUUGCUCGCAUCAGUCGCCGGUGACUAUUCGCUUCCGACGGUUGCAUCUUCGGCUUUGUGGGUCUAUAGAAAUUCUUCGCGUCCGGUUCAGAGUGAUCGCUAUCAGGAUCUUCGUGUGUAGAACCAGUGUCAUUCAUUAUCAUACGGCUCAUUGUCCGAGAUCAUUAUCAAUUUGUGACCAAUUGAGGGCCCGUGUGUGGAUGCUUUGUGAUUAAGUGAUCGUUAAGUGUAAUGUUCUGAGGGAAAAGGGAAAGAAGCAUAAGAACGUUCGAUCCACAAUGGUGAUCAGUUCGGGAAGGCUGGCGAUCGUCGCACUGGUCGUGGCGUUCGUUUGCCUUGCAGAUAGUGGUUUGGCGAGUCCGCGAAGGCAGCAACGCUGGCGCAAUGGGAACGGGUUCUACCGAAGGGAUCAACGAGGGAAUUAUCAGGAAUAUUCUGGGGCGUUUCGCGCGGAGGGAAAAUGUGGCUACGAGUCAUGUCCGGAGAUCAAGAAAGAUAUGCUGAACGUCCAUCUGGUACCACACACCCAUGACGACGUCGGCUGGCUGAAAACCGUUGAUCAGUACUACUACGGAAGUCGUACCCUGGUCCAGAAGGCGGGCGUGCAGUACAUCCUGGAUUCAGUGAUAGAAUCGCUGCUCAAGGAUCCCUCGAGGAGAUUUAUCUACGUGGAAUCAGCAUUCUUCUUCAAGUGGUGGAAAGAGCAGACGCCGGAAUUGCAGGACAAGGUUCGAGAUCUGGUGAAUGAGGGACGAUUGGAGUUCAUUGGAGGAGCUUGGAGCAUGAACGAUGAGGCUACGACUCACUAUCAGAGCAUCAUCGAUCAGUUCACAUGGGGGUUGAGGUUGCUGAACGACACCUUUGGGGAGUGUGGACGACCUCGGAUUGGAUGGCAGAUAGAUCCGUUCGGGCAUUCGCGGGAACAGGCUUCGAUUUUCGCACAGAUGGGUUUUGAUGGGUAUUUCUUUGGAAGGUUGGAUUAUGAGGAUAAGAGGGAACGGUUAUCUAUGAAGAAUCCGGAAAUGAUUUGGAAAUCGAGUGCCAACUUAGAGGACUCUGACAUGUUUACGGGAGUUUUGUACAACGUUUAUCAACCUCCUCCUGGAUUCUGCUUCGAUAUACUUUGCUCGGAUGAACCAUUUAUCGACAAUCCAUACAGCGCUGAGAAUAACGUGGAAAGUAAGGUUGACCAGUUCAUAAUCACUGUUAAGAACAUGAGUUCGUCUUACCGCACUAACAACAUUGCACUUACGAUGGGUGAAGACUUUCACUAUCAGUAUGCUGAAAUGUGGUUCAAGAACCAAGAUAAGCUUAUAAAAUACACCAACGCCAAACAGGCCAACGGUUCCAAUGUGAACGUCUUCUACUCCACGCCAUCCUGCUACCUGAAAUCCUUGCACGACGCGGACAUAACUUGGCCAACCAAGAGCGACGACUUCUUCCCGUACGCUUCCGAUCCGCAUGCCUUUUGGACCGGUUACUUCACUUCACGUCCCACGAUCAAGCGUUUCGAACGAGUUGGCAAUCAUUUCCUGCAAGUCUGCAAACAGCUAACCGCGUUAACUCCCAACAAAGAGAAUCAUUUCACUCCACAUCUCAAUGUGCUGCGAGAAGCUAUGGGUGUCAUGCAACAUCACGAUGCCGUUACCGGCACCGAAAAACAACACGUGGCCAAUGACUACUCCCGAAUGCUACACAGAGCGAUCGAAGCUUGUGGAGCGAACACUCAGGUUGUUCUGAACCAAAUUGCUGAUCCUGCUCAGAAGAAGGGUUUGGCCAAAAAGUUCUCCCAUGGAAUCACUCGGGAUUUCACUUUCGAGUUCGAGACCUGCCAUCUGUUGAACAUCAGCAAAUGUGAAAUGACGGAGUCUAAGGACAACUUCAUGGUCACUUUGUACAAUCCACUCGCCCAUUCUGGCUAUCAGUACGUUAGAUUACCGGUUUCCGGCAAAAAAUACAUCGUUAAGGAUUAUCGUGGCGUUGAAACACCUUCGCAGAUGGUUCCAAUUGCUGAAUCCGUUCUGGACCUAAACUAUCGCUUUAGCAACGCAAGCUACGAGUUGGUCUUCCUUGCCAACGAGCUACCUCCGCUCGGGUACAAGUCCUACUACGUUUCGCGUAUCAUCGAAACCGUUGAUGACUUCAUACAGAAUCCUUCUAAUCCUACGGCGCAACUUCAGUCGGAUCAACCCCACAAACAGUGGCACUCGGAAGAAGUCACUAUUGGAAACAAGUACUUGAAUGUCAGUUUCGAUACCAACGGUUUCCUAAGUACCAUAACGUUGAACGGAGUUGCGCAUCGACUGCGGCAGACAUUCGUCUACUACGAAGCUGCCAUGGGAAACAAUGUAGCCUUCAGAAAUCGUUCAUCCGGAGCGUACAUCUUCCGCCCCAAUGGAACCGAUAGCGCGAUAACCGAUAGUGUCCAGCUCAAGGUAUUCCGUGGCAAUGUCGUUCAAGAGGUUCACCAGGUGUUCAACGAGUGGGUUAGUCAGGUGGUUCGAGUCUACGCCGAUGAGAACCACGUCGAAUUCGAAUGGAUGGUGGGACCCAUUCCCAUUGAGGAUCGAGUCGGUAAGGAGAUCGUGUCCAGAUUCUACACGGCUGCUCAAUCGAAUGGAGUGUUCUGGACGGAUUCCAAUGGUCGCGAGAUGAUCAAACGGAAGAGAAACCAUCGUGACACCUGGGAUUUGCACUUAGAAGAAACAAUUGCUGGAAACUACUAUCCGGUAACGGCAAAAAUCGCUUUGGAAGACGAAAACAUACGAUUGGCUGUGUUGAACGAUCGUGCUCAGGGUGGAUCAAGCCUGGAGGAUGGAGCGUUGGAGUUGAUGGUUCACAGGAGGCUGCUACAUGAUGAUGCGUUCGGAGUGGAGGAAGCAUUAGACGAACGCGCAUUCGGCCGGGGACUUGUAGCUCGUGGUAAGCACUACGUAGUGUUUGGACCGAAGAAGACAAGCAGCCCCACUUUGCAAGCGAAGGAACGCUUCCUGCAGAACCACGUUCUACUGCCCAACUGGGUUUUCUUGAGUGACGUUUCUAAGUUCAGUUAUGAGGAAUGGCAGAAGCGUUUCAACAAUAUCUACUCGGCCCUUUCGCUCUCCCUUCCACUCAACGUCAACCUGAUGACGUUCGAACCGUGGAAGGACAACAGCCUUCUGGUGCGCUUCGAGCAUCUACUGGAAAAAGACGAGGACCCAAUGUACUCCAAGCCGGUUAGGUUCAACCUGCAGGACAUCUUCCGCUCGUUCAGCAUCGAAGAAAUCCGUGAAACUACCCUUGCUGGCAACCAGUGGAAAGAGGACAACAAACGCUUCCAAUUCAAGGCGGAUCCCAACUAUUUGAAGCAAAUCACACGGGCAGAAAUUGUCAAUCCGUUCAACGGUACCGAGAGAGUGGUGAAGAAAGACGAUCAACCGGCAGUGGAGAACUUGAAGAACGUCAGCAACGAAGGGUUCGAGAUUGUGCUGGGUCCGAUGCAGAUUCGGACCUUCGUGAUGCAGCUGGAGUUUAGGCCAUAGACAGAUUUUGCAGUUCGAAAAAUGUAGGGUUUUAAGAACGACUGAUUCUAUCAAAAUAGAGUAUGUGAGAUGAGUU